CCUUAAAGAGGGGCUCUGCCCACCCUGACCAGAGACUCCCGACCAUCGACAGGGUGAGACCAAAGUGCCAGCAAGCCAGCUUUUUCACUUCUAUAAGACAACGAUUUGCACCAAGCCGCAAUCGUCAAGAGCCUUGUGCAAAUAAGAAAACCACACCCGCGGACCCACGCCAGGAUCGGCAGCUGCAGUCUGAAAGGUCGCUUUCGUGCGCGUGCAGCACGCUCAUUGCCAUCCCUGUCCAAACAAGACAAGGCAUACGAGUACUUGUCAAACACAGUGGACCUUGAUUGAUUCACCAAACACCUGCAAAUAUAAUGAAGUCCAACAGCAGCGCAGAGACCAAGCAUCGCGACAAGUCCAAGUCGCCCUAUUCGUCUGCUGAAGAAUCUGCAAGCAACAACAGCCUUCACAAUGGCACCUUGGCUGAACGACGUGCCAUUCACAACUCAGUGGAGCGAACAAGGCGAGAAGCGUUGAAUGCAAAAUUCACUUUGCUCGCACAGACGAUCCCCUCGCUGCAACAUGUGCAUCGGCCAAGUAAGAGUACCAUCAUCUCCCAUUGCUUGGACAUGACGCAUGAGAUGCGCGAGAUGAAGUUGGAAAACUUGCGAUUGCGACAGGAGUUGGAAUCACUUGGAGCUGUGCGAUACAUGAAUGGUGCCUCUGGCUUGUCUCGACAUUCAAGCAUGUCUGCUGCUUCAGCCAGUCUGUCGCCUCCAAUUCUGCACACGGGUAGUGCUGCGAUGCGCGCACCUGGCGGCAUCCGCAAAGGUUCCCUGGGAAUGUCUGGUCCCGACGAGUAUGGCAGUGACCCAAACCACCUUCACAACCAUCCCAGCAACGUCUAUCGAAAUGCUCGUGGUCCCCUGGCUGCAGGCCUGUCACUGUAUGUCCAAGCAGACGACUACCCACCAACGCACCAGCCCUUCAAUACUGUGCAGCAACACGCGCCUGGCUUGCUCCGACUGCCGCUUGGAUCGGCAGUCGUUGACCGAGAAUCCUCAAGGGAGGAAGGUGUUGACUCCGAGUCGACACCGGUCGCUAGGCAUGCGCCUCGGUUGAGCUUUGCUGGAUACGCAGUGGGUGAGGGUGAAUUGCACGGGCACGGGCAUGGACAUGCUACGCAACAGCACUCGCGUGAACAGCGAGAGCAGCACCACCACCAUCACCAGCAUCACGGGUCGCAUGGACAUUCGCACACUGGCCAGCAGCAGCAUGGUCGCGAAGAUGGCUUUGCUCCAGAUGAGAUGGACGAGCCCAUGCAUGAUUAUGGCCGACAUGGCCAAGAGCAGCAGCCAGUCUACCACUCUCAGUACGCAUCGCACUCGCUGGGCGAGUAUCACUGAGUCACGAUGAAUUUUUUCGACAGCUUUGACGGGAUGUGCGUGCACGUCUCGUAACUCUUCUCUUUUACCACUAAUGACCAACUUGCAGACUUGCAUUGAAGUGCUAAUACGCCUUUGCAGCGUGCAUAUUCAAUGAUUA